GGGAAAUGUCUACUCGGUGCUCGGGUCCAGAGGACUUUGACAGUAAAGCAUCGAUGUGAUUCCUAAAUAGUUCACCUUACCCGGUUCGAGCUGUUGAAUCUUGUUAUUGCAAAAUAUUCUUAAGGGAGAAUCAUUCCCACGGGUACAAUCUCAUUCUUUACAAUCUAGGACAAUCCAUUUUUCAUUCUUUCCCUUUUACAUUCGCUUUCGUUUUUAUUUUGGUAACCUCACUUGAGGACCAUAACAAUCGUUUAUCCUACACAAACUUCAACACCGAAUUUUACAUAUUAGAAAGUUUGAGGGAAUUACAUCAUGCGUCUUCACAUUCUUUUGGCCUUGUGCCUUUCAUUUUGCCAAAUUCACGCAAGUCCUCUUUUCGGAUGGUCCUUUAAUCCAAUUGCCACACUUCAAGCAGACCUUCUUAAAAUCAUCAACCAAGCCGAGUGCUUGGUCGCCACCAAAGUUUCUAUAAUCCCAUCAAUUCUUACCUUUGGAAACAGCAAUCCCGUUACAUCAAACAAGUGUUCAACAACAAGCGGCAAAACUACCAGCUCUGCAGCUAUCCAAACUUCUCUCUCUUCUCUUCAAUCCGUAGCUUCAUCUAAAUGGAGCUCGCUUCAGAGCUUACUGUCUACAACUACCUCGCUUCCUCCCAUCCUUACCACUAGUUUCACUGCCACAACGGCUAAGCCUACGACCACUUCGAGUGUCAAGUCAACAUCAACAACGGCAAAUACUGUGUCUUCAACUGCUAAGCCAUCUUCAAUCACCAGCACAGCUUCUUCAACGGCAUCCUCGACAAGCAAAACUUCAAGCUCGGCUGUAGCAUCAGGAACCCCAUGCGCAGGCAAUACCGCUGCUGAUAGAUCAAAGUGGUGUAACUACUCUACAAGCACUGAUUACUACAAUGAAGUGCCAGAUACUGGUGUCACUCGCGAGUACUGGUUCAAUGUUCAAGAUGGCGUUGCUUCACCUGAUGGAAUCUCAAGAUAUGUUCAAACUAUCAACGGAAGUAUCCCAGGACCAACCAUCAUUGCCGACUGGGGUGAUAAUGUUGUGGUACAUGUGACAAACAGUCUCACUACCAAUGGUUCAAGUAUUCAUUUCCAUGGUAUCCAUCAAAAAAAUACCAAUCAAAACGACGGAGUUCCAUCAGUUACUCAAUGUCCUAUUGCAUAUGGAGAUACUUAUACCUAUAGAUGGAGAGCUACUCAAUAUGGAUCAUCAUGGUAUCAUUCUCACGUUGGUCUUCAAGCAUGGGAAGGUGUUACUGGUGGUAUCAUUAUCAAUGGUCCUGCCACGGCUAACUACGACGAGGAUAAGGGAACACUUAUGCUUAGUGAUUGGGGUCAUGAAACUGUUGAUGAGCUAUAUCAAAAGGUUCAAACUGUUGGCCCUCAAUCAAUGACUACAGGUCUUAUCAACGGUACCAACGUUUUCGGAGCGGAUGGUGCUAGUAAUCAAACUGGUUCUCGUUUCUCGACAAGUGUUCAAUCAGGCAAAUCAUACAGAUUCCGUCUUGUAAAUAGUGCCAUCGAUUCUCAGUUCAAGUUCUCUGUCGAUAGUCAUACCAUGACUGUUAUGGCAAUGGAUUUCGUUCCUAUUGUUCCGUACCAAACUGAGAUUCUCAACAUUGCUAUCGGACAACGCUACGAUGUAGUCAUCACCGCAAACCAAGCAUCCGUCGCGUCUGAUUUCUUCAUCCGUGCCAUUCCUCAAUCUUCUUGCUCCGAGAACGAUAACUCAGAUAAUAUCCGAGGUGUUCUCCACUAUGGUUCUUCAACCGGUCUCCCUACAACCACCGGCUACACUUUCACCGAUGAAUGUGUUGACGAACCUGUCGCCUCGCUCGUUCCAUACCUCCCAAAGACCGUCUCAUCAGCCUCUAAAAGCCCCGAGGAAGCAGUUACCGUUGCUCAAAAUUCCCAAAAACUUUUCAAAUGGUAUCUCAACAACUCCACUUUCCUUUCUGAAUGGGAAGAUCCAACUCUUCUCAUGGUUCAAAACAACGUCACCGCAUUCGGGACUCCGGACAAUCUCGUCGAAGUCCCUAACGCAAAUGAAUGGAUCUACCUCGUUAUCCACAGCGCUCUCCCCGUUCCCCAUCCCAUCCAUCUCCACGGCCACGAUUUCUUCGUCGUGAGCCAGCAGUCCACCACAUUCGAUGCCACAACCGCCGUUUCCACAUACAAUCUUAACAACCCCCCACGAAGAGACGUAGCCACGUUGCCAGGAGGUGGAUAUCUCGUUCUCGCAUUCGAGACGGAUAACCCCGGAGCCUGGCUCAUGCAUUGUCAUAUUGGAUGGCACACCAGCAUGGGAUUCGCAAUGCAGUUCUUGGAGCGCGCGAGCGAAAUCCCAAAACUGUUGGAUACGACGCAGAUGCUGGAUACGUGUACGGCGUGGAAUGGCCAUGCUAUUAUCCAGGAGGAUUCGGGGGUUUAGAAUCUGGGAUUUGGGGUGUAUAUUUAAUUAUUUCUCGUCGUUCUUUUAAAGAUUUUUUUUUUCUUCUUUCUAUUUAUGUUGGAUUAUGGUGAUGCACGCUGCUGGUUUUAAUAUAUCUGGCAGGGGGGGUGGGAGAAGAAGUGGAUAUAUCAUUUCAUAUUAUAUAUCUAAGAUUAGAUAUGUACUCGAGUAGAUAGAUGAUAGAUGGAUGGGAGUAAUGAUAAUUGAUCAUUCGUCUAACUUACACAGACGAAAAGAGAAAGAAAGAGAUAGAUGAGGACAAAGAGGAAGAGAUAUCAAUGGAUAGGUCAUUAUCAUCAUUAUCAUCAUCAUCAUUAUGAAAUGAAAUGAAAUGAUAUCUAAAUAAUCUAAUAUAAUUGAAAAAAAAAUUCAAAGAAUUCAAGGAAAAGAUAUCUCA